CUACUGCAAUACUAUUGGCUAUCUGUCACUAGCCAUGCCCACUGUGGACAGUUUUUAAGCCACAGGGAUGGUCAGUGUACACAGAACACCUCGAGUGUUAAGUCCUUCAACAAGAAUAUCAACUAGAUUUAGUAAGAAUAAGCUGCUUUUGUUUCUUCUACUACUCAGAGGGGUUGGCAAGGGGUUUGCUGGUCAUGAGCGCACUUUGGGGCUGAAACGCAGUUUCAAACAGGUCCAUCAAUAGAAAUAUGGGUCUACUACUAGCAGCCGUACUCGGUGUGGGUGGUGUGGUCGGUGCGCCACUGGCACUAAGUGCCGUGGGGUUCACGGCAGCUGGCAUUGCUGCCGGAACACUGGCAGCGAAGAUGAUGUCAGCCGCAGCCAUAGCCAACGGUGGUGGUGUGGCCGCUGGAAGCCUUGUUGCCCUUGCGCAAGCAGCUGGGGCGGCAGGCCUUUCUGCCGCAGCCAACGCUGGGAUAGCAGGUGCCGGUGCAGUGGUGGGGCUCCUGGUAUAAGAAAGAUCUGAAAAGGAGUUCACAAUGUCAUUUAGAACAGCACUUAAAUACUUAUCUAUGAACUAAGAAGCUUAUUAGCCACUAACCAAUAAAGGAUUUAUCUCAAUCAUAAUCUGAAUAAUUUCAUAAUUUCACAAGUCUCUUCUUUCCGUUGGCUGAGUAUGCAUAUAUAAAGCUGCUACCUAAAUAAAGAAGCAUUUGACACUCUCAGCUAUAAGCCAUAUAGAAUUAGGAGUGGGAUUUUUUUGGAAUUGUAUUUAAAAUA